AUGGCGGCCGAAGAGCCUAUCAAAUAUGUUCUAUGGCCCUAUACACCUUCCAUAGCUGGCGGUGUUAUUGGUUGUAUUGUCUUUUGCAUCUUGACCGGUAUUCACUCAUUUCGACUGGUCAAGAACCGGACUUGGUUUUGCAUUCCAUUUGUAGUGGGAGGGCUCUUUGAAACCAUUGGCUACGCUGCAAGAGCGGCUGCACACAAUGACACAGUUACAAAGACACCGUACAUCAUUCAAUCGGUCCUCAUCCUGAUUGCACCCAUCCUCUUCGCUGCCUCGAUAUAUAUGAUUCUUGGACGGCUCAUUAAUCGCACCGAUACCGGUUCACUAUCAAUCAUCCGCCCGUCUCGAGUUACCAAGAUAUUUGUCACGGGAGACAUUCUGUGCUUCUUCAUACAAUCUGGUGGCGCUGGCAUGCUUGUCCAGGCGAAAGACAAAGAUGGCGUCAAGCGAGGCGAGAACAUCAUUCUUGGCGGCUUGAUCCUACAGAUCUUGAUCUUUGGUUUCUUCAUCGUAGUCGCUGGUACUUGGCAACGCAGGUUUGACGCAUACGAGUCGUCUUCUGGCCGUAACGCAGAAAUCAACUGGAGAAAGUAUAUCCGCAUGCUAUAUGCUGCCAGCGCUUGCAUCACGAUUCGAAAUACUUGCCGCGUUGUUGAAUAUGCCAUGGGCAAGGUAGGUCCACGACUUUCGAUUUGGCUUGGCUACUGCUAA